AUGGAGGCGUGGGAUUUCCACGACGUGAAAGCAGAGAAAGCGAGCGCGAUGCGAAGGUACAAUCGCAUCCGGAGCGUUGCGAAACUCUUUCGCUUCGCCGAGCUCGGCGCCGGCGUUGUCUUCGUCUCCUGGACCUUCUCUCGUCUCCCCAUCGCACUCACUCUCUCGCGUGACUACUUCCGCCUCCUCUUCGGCGUCGUUUCGAGCCCGCUCUUCGUCUUCUUCCUCUGCCACGUCAUCAUCGCAUCUCUCGUCCUCAAGUCUCGCCACGUCGCCUCGGCUCAUAACAAAGACGGCGCCGUCGAAGCCAAGCUCUGCGAGGAGCUCAUCGAAAACGGCGGUGGAGGUGGCGGCAGCGGCAGCAGUUCGAAGUCUCAGUUUGGAGACGACGUCAUUUCGGGCGUGAGGGAGGAGGAGGAGGUUGUGUAUCAGGACAAGCAGAUCGUUUCCGAGGUGAACUCGGCCGAUCCGAAAGCGGACACUGACUCGGCCUCGGACUCGGAAUCGGAGUUUCCGAAGAUUAUUCGGAGAACGAGGUCGGAGAAGUUCGAGAGAGAGCCGAAAACGGAGAAGCUAAGGCGAUCGGAGACCGAGAUUGGCCGGAAAAUCAUCAGUGCAGGCGAGGAUUAUCCGCCGGAAAAUAUGGAGGCGGAGGACAACCUGAGUAACGAGGAGUUUCAGCGCACCAUAGAAGCCUUCAUAGAGAAGCAGUUGAAGUUUCGUCACCAGGAGUCUCUGGCCAUAUGUUCUACCAAACAAGAGCUAAUUGAAAAAAAAAAAAAAAAAAAAAAAAAAAAAAAAAAAAAAAAAGAGGAGAGAAAGACAAUUAAAAUGUGGGUUAAUUGGAUGUAA